UCAAGUCGCAGGCAGCAGUCACAGAUUCGUCCUCUGCCAACUCCUUCAUUUGCGAUCCAGAAAUGAGGAGCUUUGCUGCGAUGUCGCGCGAUCCUCCUGCUCGGCACAUCUUUGCUGCCCCUUCUGGCCACAGCGCGCAAUGAACAACCCAGUGGCUCCAGAGCUCAGCUCGGAUGUGCGCGGCUCCUUCCUUCUCUCGCUCGCUAAAGCGUCUUCAUGCCCGGUUCGCCCCCAUCCAUGCCAGGCUCGUGAAAGAGAGAGGAGGGGAGGCAAGCGGGGAAACUUUCUGAAGACAUCGCCUGGGGUCCGACGGCGCCGGCAGCAUGGGAUCGAUGGCUUCCAGAAUCCUGGCAUACAUGUACUUGGGACUCAAGAUUCUCAUCUACACCUGUGUGGACCACGGACACCCCCACCCUCAGCCCUGUCACAUCCUGGCACGGAUAGGGCACACGGUGCGUCUGGGCGUGCUGUUGCCCAGUCGCCAGCCGGCACGAGUGCACAGCGCCCUGAACCGCGCCCUCAGUGGUCUCGCUCAAACUCGGGAGGGCAGCCUUCUGCCGUACAACCUGAGUCUGGAACUGGUGCCCGGGGAGCCGCUGGACGGAGACCCCGAGACGCUCUUCACCUGCGUGUGCCAGGCCAUCGUGGCGCAGGGGGUCUCCGCAGUGCUGGCCUUCCCCCAGGGUUUGGAAGAGCUCAUCCAAGUGGAUUUUAUGUCUGCCUUUUUGGAAGUACCUUUCAUUAGCAUACUGGAACGCGGGGAAGCCCUGGACACCAAGAACCCGUUCCACCUGCAGAUGCUGACCCGCAGCCCACCGAGGUCGCUGGCCGAGUUGCUGCUGAGCGUCCUUCACCGAAGCUCCUGGCAGGAGGCCACGGCCGUGCUGUGCCAAGGCUGGCAAGACCUGGACAUUUUAGAGCUCCUCAGCACCCAUGAACACGACUGCCCAUUGCUGCUGCGAGCGGUCCUUGACAUGACCGCCUGGGGUCCCGAGCAGGACGAGGACAUGGAGGACUAUUUGAAUGACCACUUCAAGUCGCUGCCUCCUUCCACUGCACUGUUGCUGGGCACAGACCCCCAGUGCAUCUCUAACGUCCUCCUGACCGCCCAGAAGCUCGGCCUGACCUUGCCCACGGUCCACUGGGUGGUGGCAUACCCUUUGAAUCCUGAGGCCCUGCACAGCAUCGGCCUGCCUUACGGGCUGCUGGCCUACGGGGAGGUGAACCUCAAGCCCCUGGACUUCUACAUUCAGGACGCCAUCGAACUGCUGGCCCGGGCCAUCUCUGUGGCAGUCAAGCAGCAACCCGAGCUGGCCCUCCUUCAGACGGUGGUCAACUGCUUCGAGAAGAGGAGAUACGACAGGAGCCUGACGUCUGGGAGGUAUCUGUCCAGGUUUCUGGCCAACACCUCCUUCGACGGGGUGACCGGACAUGUGUCAGUUGCCAACGUCUCUCUGGUGCUGACCACCCAUACCUUCCACAUCUGGAGCCUACAGCGGGACCCCUUGGGCCAGCCCUCCUGGGUCACAGUGGGCACCUGGCAGUGCGGCCACCUGGAGAUCGAGGAGCAGAGUUUCUGGCAGGGCCGAGGGCCAUGGAGACGGUGGGCCAGUGAGGCGGGCUGGAAGGGUGGCCGUUGGGAUGGCAUCUCCAGAAGCCAUUUGCGAGUGGUCACCUUGGUGGAGCACCCGUUUGUCUUCACGCGUGAAGUGGAUGAGGAUGGCAGUUGUCCAGCGGGGCAGUUCUGCCUGGACCCCCGAACCAAUGACUCUGAGGUGCUGGACCGCCUGUUCCAGGAGUUGUCUCAGGAGAACAGCACAGCGGUGCCCCCUGCCCUCCGCAAGUGCUGCUACGGGUACUGCAUCGACCUGCUGGAGAAGCUGGCCGAGGACUUGCGCUUUGACUUCGACCUCUACAUCGUCGGCGAUGGCAAGUACGGCGCCUGGAAGAACGGCCGCUGGACAGGCCUGGUGGGGGACCUCCUGAGCGGAGCCGCAGACUUGGCAGUCACCAGCUUCAGCAUCAACUCGGCCCGCAGCAAAGUCAUGGACUUCACCAGCCCCUUCUUCUCCACAAGCCUGGGCAUCUUAGUGCGGAGCAAAGACACGGCCGCCCCCAUUGGCGCCUUCAUGUGGCCUUUGCACUGGUCCAUGUGGGUGGGCAUCUUCAUGGCGCUCCACCUCACCGCCCUCUUCCUCACGCUUUAUGAGUGGAAGAGCCCGUUUGGCAUGACCCCUCACGGACGCAACCGCAAAAAGGUCUUCUCGUACUCCUCGGCCCUCAACCUGUGCUAUGCCAUCUUGUUCGGCCGGACUGUCUCCAGCAAGACCCCCAAAUGUUGGACGGGACGCUUCCUCAUGAACCUGUGGGCCAUUUUCUGCCUUCUGGUCCUCUCCAGCUACACGGCCAACCUGGCCGCCGUCAUGGUGGGUGAAAAGACCUUCGAGGAGCUUUCAGGAAUUCAUGAUGCCAAGCUUCACCACCCCUCGCAGGGCUUUCGCUUCGGGACGGUGCGGGAGAGCAGCGCCGAGGACUACAUGAAGAAGAGCUUCCCGGAGAUGCACGAGUACAUGCGGCGCUUCAACGAGCCCACCACGCCGGACGGAGUGGCCACGCUCAAGACAGAUCCGCCUCAGCUGGACGCCUUCAUCAUGGACAAGGCCCUCCUGGACUACGAGGUGUCCAUCGAUGCCGACUGUAAGCUGCUGACGGUGGGCAAGCCGUUUGCGAUUGAGGGUUAUGGCAUCGGGCUGCCCCAGAACUCACCGUUCACCUCCAAUCUCUCCGAGUUCAUCAGCCGUUACAAGUCCGAUGGCUUCAUGGACAUGCUGCACGACAAGUGGUACAAGGUGAUCCCCUGCGGCAAGAGGGUGUUUGCCGUCACCGAGACUUUGCAGAUGGGGAUCCAGCACUUCUCGGGGCUCUUCGUCCUCCUGAGCGUCGGGGUCUCAGGGGCCUUGCUGACCCUCGCCGGAGAGCACGCCUUCUACCGCUUCAUUCUGCCUCACAUCCGCAGACGGCAGAAGUUCAAGUACUGGCUCCAUACCAGUCAGAAGAUCCACCGCGCUCUGAACAUGACCUACGAGGACGUGAAGAACCAAAGGGCCAAAGCAGAAAAAAGCUGCAAUCUUCAGAAGACUCAAGCCGUGAACCCCCCCCGGGGGCCGUCGCUCCUGAGGUCCCACCUCCAAUCCAACUGGAAUAACGAGAAGACCAAGAGUGUCCCGGACAAGAAGGACAACAAGCGCGUGCACUUCAACCUGGAGACCCUCAACAGCAGCCGGCUGCUGGCUCAAGCCAUCUCUAAGGGCCGAGGGGGCGGGCCGGCCAGCCAGCCGUCCAGGCCUUGUGAGAAUGGCGGCCCGGUGGCUCAGAGACCCCCGGCAGUCUCAAGACCCCCUGCACCACCAGCGACGUCACCACCACCUCAGCAGAAUGAGCUCCUCGAACUGCAGAAGCGCAUCAGCGACAUCCAAGGCCAACUUCAGACCCUCCUGGCAAAGAAGGAGGAGUUGGAGUCACGGCUGGAGCAGGAGAAGGACAAGGACAAGGACACCGAGAAGGACAAGCAGAAGGAGGGUCCAGCCAACACCGGCACUGGCGAGUCCGUGACAGAGACCCCCUCAGAUGUACCUCCUGCCAAAGACAUUAAGGAGGACAGGUGAUGGGGUCAGCCACCUGGUGCCAAAGACGAUGUCCAGCAGGAGCUGUCCACAGGUCUGGGCUUCCGGGGGCCCCAGGCGACCAUCGGUGGUGGGCAACGCACGGGGACAGGGGACCUCGUUGGCUUCUCCUCUCCUCCUCUUCGUAACCCCACUCUUCAGACUCGCUAUUGCCCCCCGCCCCACCCCACUCCCCACCCAAGUAAAUUCAUGCAGAACGUGUGGCCGGUCGCCAGCAGUAGGGGGCGCCAUUAGAUGCAAUAAUUCACGAGGACUCAGGGGGGCGCUGUGCAUGGCUUCUGAUGCAUGGGUUGAGGACAAAGCCGUUCCGAACUCCAGGGGACGCAGCGACCGGCCGCACCGGCUGAAGACCCGGGGAAGAGGCUGUGCCAACAGAGUCACUCGAGUGCCACAUGUCACCAGAGCAGCUUGAGUGGCCGAAGACGAAUCUCGGUGCCACGUCAUUGACUUUUUUAAAUGAGCGACUCUUUAACGAGGGACAUUUGUAGUUUACUCUCUCUUUUUUUUUUCUUUCUCCUUUCUGCACAAAAAUAUAU